AUGUCAGAUUUUGGGGAUUUUGCGGGUCAAAGGUAUCAAUCACAAGCCACACUGUUUUGUGAUUUUAUCACAAGAGCGAACAAAUAUCAAUCUCUGCAACUAUUUGGAGAGAAAUCAUUCAAGAAGAAAGUUAUUGUUAUUGAAGGAAGUUGUCAAUUCCAAGUGCCUUAUACAAGUACUUUAAAGUCUUUCUUUGAUGGGAGCAGAAAGUGUGACUCCACUCUAGCAAGAAAAUCUUUUAAAAGUACAAAAAGCAAAAAUACAAAGCAUAAAAGAAUGUCUAAAUGGAGAACUAAACAAACAGAGGAUGAAAAAGAAGGGAAGGAUCUAGUGGCAAUAGGGGGCAGGAAUACGUCCAUGUUUCUAUUUAGAGCACUGGGGAAAAUCCUUUACUGUAAAAGAGUUAAACCGAAGAUUGAUGCAGAUAAGCAACAUAUACCACCUCAUUUGCAACGUCAUGACAGAGAUAACUUGAAGUUUAACCCAGAGCGAGUGGAUGAUGUAGUACGAGGAAGUGAGUAUCUAAGUGAUGCAGAUCUAAUUUCUUCUAAUUUUUCACAUCGUAGUAUUUUAUCAGAGUAUAGCAGUUGUAUAGCAACAAGAGGUUUAAUACAUUGUAACUCAUCCAGGAGUCGACACAAUACAGCUACAAGUGGCAUGGGAUGGAAACCUCUACAUAAGCCACAAUGGUGGCAGGUUGCCAAACAGUGCCGUGAGAAUACGUUAUCAGCGAAAGCAUUAUUUAUUGGUCAUUGCUGGACACCAGUAGCAUUACACACACAACUAUUACCAUAUUUAAGCCGCAUUAAAUCGCCAUUGAAUAACAAAGGUCAAAUUUCCCUUCUUCAAUAACUGAAUAGCUUUUCAACAUCAACAAGGGCAAGGGUUGAAAGAUUGAAUGAAAGAGAUGUUGAAACCAUGGAAGGGGAUGAUUCCUGCUCUCAGAUUUCUACAGUUUACAAUGAUUGUAAUGAUAUGGACAGCACUCUGAAGUCGAGUUUAUAUGAUAAUGAUAUACACAUUGGAGAUUUUGAUGAUGAUAACAACAUAGAUGAUUUUUAUGAAGAUGAUGAUUGGUGAAAGAUAUUUUAAUGAGCUUAACAGAAAUCGAAGGAAGAUAUUGAAGAAAAUAUAUAUUAUUAUUUCCAUUCGGAAUGCUUGUAGAAAUUUGUCAGAAAAUUAUGAAUUUUAAAGCCCUGCUUUUUGGAGACAAAAUAUAUGUUGUACCUAUUAAUUUUCUAUGGCCUUUUUCUGCACCUCUUUUCCUCCAGUUUUUUAAUAUUAAAGACAGGCUCAGGAGGG